AUGGAGAGUGAAGCACCGCACAAAAAGGCAAAAGUUCCACCCCCAACACCGGAAGAGAUCGAAAGGCGACGUGAAGCUAGAAAGAAUGAGGUGAUACCGCCAGGAUUGUCGAGGCGUGAAUGGAAGAAACAACAAAAGGUUCUUCGAUGGGAAGAAACGAAGGAUCAGUAUCGGCAAGAUAUGAGGUUGAAAAAGAAGCAGCAACGAGAACGGAAACGAGAAAGACUCAGGAAUGAUGAAGAAUACCGAAAUAGUGUCGCCAAGAAACCAAAACAUCAAAUUGCGACUAAUGUGAACAUCGCCAUUGAUUGUGAAUUCGAUGAUUUAAUGAACCAAAAGGAAAUAGUAUCAAUGGCAAACCAAAUCAGAUCGUGCUACUCAUCAAUGAGACAUUGUCAGUAUGAACUACCUAUUCAGGUGCUAUCCUUCAAUAAACGACUCAAAGAAAGGUACGAGACAUCAAAUCCUGAAUACACAUCAUGGAAGGGUAUUGAAUUCCAAUCAGAAACUCUUGCUGAUCUAAUAACAACAGGGAACAAACACCAAUUUGUCUACUUGACUGCCGACACCGAUAAUGACAUUAAAGAGUUGAGUCCUCAUCAAACUUAUAUCAUUGGAGGAAUUGUCGACAAGAACAGACACAAGGACUUGUGUUUUAAUAAAGCUAAAGAAAUGGGCUUGGCAAUGGCAAGGUUACCAAUUGGACAAUACAUCAAGAUCAAUAGCCGUGACGUGUUGGUGACUUCUCAUGUGUAUGAAAUUAUGUGUCGGUGGUUUGAAUGUAAAGAUUGGCGGGAGGCAUUUAAUAAGGUAUUGCCACCUAGGAAAGUGGUUCGUGAUAAUGAUGAUGAGCAAGAAAAUAUAACUGGAGGGGAAGAAGAGGAAGCAGAGGCAUGA